CCCGAGCUUGGCAGCUUAAUAACUUGGCAGGCACGCGGAAGCGGCUCGCGUCGACGCCGCGGAAGCCGUACACGCAGUGCAGCUGGCAGACGGUCAGGGCUGCCCAAGCACCGCCCAAGAUCGUGCACCGCUUGCAAGGGCAGCACCAAGAUGGCUAAGCCGGUGGUCCUCACGCACCUCGCCCACGUCCCGGCCUUCGUGCCGCCCAAGGCGCGCCUGCCCAACUCGACGCGGCCCGCCGACUGCGAGGGCCUGCCCGAGCUCGACGGCGCCGUCGCGGCAUGCAACGAGCUGCCGCGCCGCAACCCCGUCGCGGUCCUCGACGCGGCGCACGUCAAGAGUGAAUGCAUCAAGGCCGCCGAAGCGACGCUGCCGCCGACGGAGCUCGACGAAGUAAGGCGGACGUGGCGCUCGAACGGCCGGCUGCUGAGCUGGGCGCAUAUGGCCGUCGCCAAGGGUACUAACAUCGAGCUCCACUGCCACCCGAACGUCGAGGUCGUCUACGUGAUCAGCGGCGCGCUGUCCGAGGACCGCCUCAAGCGGACGGAGGAGCCGGAGAACGACCGCUUCCUCGAGGGCUGCGCCGCGGUGCUCGACGCGGACCUCUCGCAGACGACGAAGGACGACUUCGAGACGCGGACGCAUCGCGCGGGCUCCGCGUUCGCCAACGAGAUCGGCUCCGUCCACCGGUCCUACACGGACGAGGGCUGCGAGCUCCUCGUGCUCUGGGGCGGCUGCCACGCGCGCGUCUCCAAGCCGCCUCCAUUUAUGGUGGAAGGCGUACGAGAAUUCGCGCCCGUCGAGGCGUUCCGGCGCGACUGCAGCGACUGGAUCAUGAACGCCCUCGCCGACGCCGGCUGCACGAACGUGUACGGCGGGCACGGCGGCGCGCUCGUGCCGCUCGUGAACGCGGUCUGCGCGAACCCGCGCCUGAACUGGAUCUGCGUCCGCAACGAGGCGAACGCGUCGCUCAUGGCUGCUGCCGAGGCGAAGCUGACGGGCCGACUGGCCUGCUGCAUCGCGACGUCGGGGCCCGGGGCCACGAAUCUGACGACGGGGCUGGUAGAGGCGUGCCAGGACCGCCUGCCCGUCGUCUGUCUGACGGGCCUCAAGCCGCGCCAGUCGCUGCACUUCGCGGAAUUUCAGGACGUCGACCAGAGCCGGCUCUUCGCGGGCGGCGGCGUCAGCUUCUCGGUGGACGUGGCCUCACCGGAAUCGUUGAUUCCGCUGCUGCGCGACGCUGUCUCGACGGCCGUGACGCAGCGCACGUGCGUCCACCUCGCGAUCCCCGUCGACGUCCAGGCCGCCCCGGCGCCCCUGCCGUUCAAGCGCUUCUGUGCCGCCGCGGCCCAGGAGCGAGUGAUGCGGCGCUGGGGCCCGGAUGCCGAGGCCGUCGCCAAUGUCGCGACUUUGGUUCGGGCAUCGCCGCGCAUCGUCAUCGCGCUGGGCGCGAAGGCGGCGCUCUGCUGCGGAUCGAGCUUCGCGCGGCUGGCCCGACAGGCCUGCGCCCCGAUCCUCUACCGCCUGGACGCGAAGGGCUUAGUUGAUGAGCAUGACCCCCUCGCGUUCGGCGUUGUCGGCGUGCACGGGAAGCCGGGCCUCGAGCAUGCGGCAGCCCUCGUCUCGACGGCGGAGCUGGUCCUGGCGUUCGGCGUCGAGGACCAUUCGCUCCUCCUCUGCAACAACGCUGGGUUCCAGAUCCACAAGAUGGUCGAGUUCGCGGAGACGGCGCUGGACGUGAAGGGCCGCUUCCGCGCCGUCGAGACCGUCAUCGGCGACCUUGCCACUGCCGCCGAGGCGCUCGCCGACAUCCUCGAGACGACGAAGCGCCCCCAGCUCCUCCGAAGGCAGUCGACGUCGUCGGAGAAGGCGAUCGGCGUGGAUCACACCACGCGGCAAGUGAGUGAACGCACCCUCGAACUCGCGAACCGGCUCUGGGACGAGAUCCCCAAGCUUGUGAAGGCGGGGCGGCGGUCCAAGCCGCGCUACACCGUCGACCUGAUGGCGCCGGUGCAGCAGAAGCCCGUCGACCCGGACGCGCCGCUGGUCACGCCCAAGUUGGGGAAGAAAGUGAUGUCGGUGCACAUGCAGAUGGCCGCGACGGGGCGCCCGCAUCCGGCGACGGCGCUCGAAUCCCUCGCAAAGGCAUUAAGCGACGAGCACCCGCGGCCCGUGCUUUGUAUCGAUACCGGAGAUAUAACCCUGUGGGCCUCGCUCUGCUACCCGCACUUCGGCCGCACGCUCUCGUCCGAGCGGCUCGGGACGAUGGGGUACGGUCUCUGCGCGGGCAUCGCCGCCCUCCAGACGCUGCCCGCGCCGCAGCGGGCGGUCGUCGUCGUGGGCGACGGCGGCUUCCAGAUGACGCUGCAGGAGCUCGCGACCUUCAAGCAGCACUGCCGGCCCGGGCAGCGGCUCCUCGUCAUCGUCUUCGACAACGCGCUCCUCGGUCGCGUCCUGUGUGGAAAUCAAAUAUCGGGCGCCCCACGCCAUCGACGCGAACCUAACUCACUCACUGGUUGAUUUCCACACAGGCCGCGUCAUCUUCGGUUUCCAGGGCGCGGCCGGCUGCGAAAUCGACGGUCCCGACUGCGUCGCGCUCGCCAAGGCCUACGGCGGCGACGGUAUCCGCGUCGAGAAGGCAGGCGAACUACCGGCAGCGAUUGAUGCAGCCGUCGCGUCGUCCUCGGGACUUUUCCUCCUCCAUGUCCUCAUCGACCCCCUCCUCAAGGCUGACAUGGCUGCCUUCAUCGAUAAGGCCGCCAUGAACUGCGGCUGAGCUCUUUCGAACUCUCCCUCCCUCCGCUCCCAUCAU